AUGAUUUCUUUUCAUCGGCUUUAUCAUGUCUCCCGCAUCGCUUUCAGUUUGAAGAAGCAAGGAUUAAAACUAUGUAAAAUGGUGAAUCCGAAGAAUAAAAGGCAAUGGCACCCCACACAACAAUUCUUCGAAAAUACUUUACCAACUGUAAAGAGCCUAACGCUGCAAAAGCACGAACCUGGGAAGCGUGGAAUGCGGCGCACAUCCAUGCUGAACAAAAUGUUUAUGAAACAUAUAACUGACAUGAUGUCUACGGGCACAACUGCUUUGGAUGUAGUGGGACGAGGAAUUGAAAUUUCAAGAGUGAAUAUCACUCCAGAUAUGAACACAGUCAAUGUGUUCUGGGUGUGCAAAGGCAAUGCUUCCGACGCUGAAACUGAGAAGAUAUUGAAUAGAGUAGCCGGUGGCCUGAGACGUGAGCUGUCCACACUCAGGGUCAUGGGAGAGGUGCCUUACAUUGUGUUUGUUAAAGAUAAACAAGAAGCUCAUCUAGUAGACUUGGAUCGCCGUCUAGCAAUGGCUGACUAUGGUGAGGACUAUGUUCCCACAGACUUGGGGCAGUUGCUAAAAUCUGAAUUCACUUUAAAUACCAAAUUAUCACCUGAAGUGAAGGCUAAAAUAAAGCAACUAGAAGAUGAUCUACCAGUCUUCGAGGAUCCAUUGCCUGAGAUGACUCACAGCAUAUUUGGGCUGGACCAUGCGAAGAUAAUGAGCCGACUGCUGGCAGCUAGGAAGAAGACCCAUGACGCUUGGAGUACUAUCAACACAGACUCUUCAGACGUCAUAUCAUAUAGAACAACUCCUUAUAAAGUUCCAGAUGUUGGCAACCAGAGAAAAGAGCUGGCCGACUUCUUACUGCAGAGACAGAUUCUUCAAAAGAAACUUUCGAAGCAGAACAAAUCUCAGGAGCAGUGGCUGCUGGCGGAGAAGGAGACGGAAGAAGAGGAGGAGGUGGAGGAUGUAGAAGAAGCUGAUGAUGACGAGGAGUAUGAAGACGAGGAUGACUACAAUUACUACACGGGAUACAACGAGCUAACUGAACUCGAGAAUGAUGAUACCAAAGAGAACAACCCGUAG